UACAGCAGCCGCUUCCCCUGAAUCCAGGGCGGAUCUCUCCGGUUGCCAGGGGCUGGCGGGGGUCACCCAUGGCCAUUCCAGGGGUCCCCAGCAGCUCUCGGGUGACCUCUGAGAUCUGUCUGGCCUAGCCCCUCCCAGUCGGCUCGGGUUCUGCGGCGCAUCCCAGCCGCCACCCCCCUCCAUGCUCCUAGCAUUGUGAGGCUGGGACUAGGAACCGCGUUGUGUUCCAUUCCGGCAGCUGCGAUUUGGGGAGAGGAGGGCAGGCGGCAUUCCGCGCACAAUCAUGGCGUGGAGAAGAGGCUGUGCUGCUGGACUGGCGCGCUCUGCCCUCGCCUGGCUGCUCCUCUGCAGGGUGUACGGUACAUUUGCUGGUCCAGUACAUGUGGAUCCAUAUGAAACUGCAGUAUGGGGAAAGAACAUUACUUUAAAAUGCUUAAUUGAAGUCAAUGAAACAAUAACGCAGAUCUCUUGGGAGAAAGUCAUUGGCAAAAGUGUUCAGACCAUAGCUGUUCAGCAUCCAAUCUAUGGAAUAUCUUUUCAAGAAGCAUAUGAGAAUCGAACAUCUUUCAAAAAUACAUCUCUCCAUGAUGCCACAAUUGUUAUAAAUGAUGUAGACUUUCCUGAUGCUGGGGAAUACAUAUGUAAAGCAGUUACUUUUCCUCUUGGAAACGUGCAGUCAUUGACUACUGUGACAGUACUUGUUGAACCUACUGUGAGUAUAAGUAAAGGACCCUACCCACUAAUGGAUGGAGCAAAUGAAACCAUAGCAGCCACCUGCACAGCUGCCACAGGAAAACCUGCUGCUGAAAUAUAUUGGGAAGAGUCUCUUGGGAGAGCGGAGGCUACUUCAACAACAUUUGCAAAUAAAACUGUGACAGUCAUAAGUCAAUACAAGCUAAUCCCAACGAGAUUUGCAAGGAGAAGAAACAUUACCUGCAUCGUAAAGCACCCUGCUUUGGAAAGUGAUAUCCGGUAUCCAUUUACAUUGGAUAUACAAUAUGCUCCUGAAGUUUCAGUCACUGGCUAUGAUGGCAAUUGGUUUGUGGGCAGAAAAAAUGUCCAAUUGAAGUGUAAUGCUGAUGCUAAUCCACCUCCUACUGAGAUAAAAUGGAGCAGGUUAGACGGAGUUUGGCCUGAUGGCUUAUUACCUGUCAAUAAUACACUACUUUUCAACUACCCUCUAACCCACAAUGUUUCUGGGAUUUACAUGUGCAGAGUGGCCAAUGCUCUUGGUUACAAAAGUGACCAAAAGAUCAUCACUAUUUUAGAUCCUCCUGUUACUACUGCUCUUCCUACAGUUGCAGAGUCCCAUUCAACCUUUGAUGCAGAGUUAACAACGUCCUCCAGAAAAUUUUAUAUUCCAGCUUCAACCAUGGCAACUUUUCAGGAUGGCAAUUUUGGCACCAUUGUUGGCAGCGUAGUUGGAGGUUGUCUUUUCUUGAUUCUUUUAAUUGUGCUCAUUGGCGUGAUAUACCACAGAAAAAAACAGACGUUCCGUGGUGAUUAUUUUACCAAGAGCUACAUUCCUCCUUCGGAUAUGCAGAAAGAGUCCCAAAUUGAUGUUCUGCAGCCUGAAGAUCUUGAUCCUUUUCCUGACAACCUAAAAAAGGAGGUUGACAUUAAAAGUAAUGAUCAUAUUUAUAAUGAAUAUCUCCAUGAUGAUGACAACUCGGAUUGGAACCAUAUUGUUAACUAUAACCGAUAUCAAGAGCACUUUGAUAGACCAGUCAACAAUUAUGCAGACAAAAAUAUGCCGGUUGUUUCACGGUACAACCAGAACUUCGACAAUGAAGAUGACUUGGUUUCCCAUGUGGAUGGUUCUGUCAUAUCCAGAAGGGAGUGGUACGUGUAGAGACUCCUGCAAGUGGACUAAUGUGCAUUCAGCUACAUGAUUGUCAGAUUUACAGUUCUGAUUUUGACUUUUUAUGUUGCUAUCUUUGUUGUUGCCUAUUUUACCAUAUUUUAAAGCCAAUCAGUCAAAUCAUUUCUUGCAUCUACACAAAUUUGAACUAUGUAAAUAAAUGUAAAGUUUUGAAGAAUAGAUUUAGUAAAAAAAGCAAAUUUCCAGUAAGCAAGACAAACAUCGGAGCUGAUUUGUAGCAUAGCACUAGGGUCAGAAAUGUGUUAGAACUGGCAGCAAUGUCAGUUUCCCAGGUGAGCGGCACAUUGAAAUGUCAUGUGGGGCGGUUUUGAUAUGCUUGUGCCGUGUAGGUACGGUAAGUCUUUUUAUUAAUAGCUACUAUAGGUUCAUCGGUACAGGAAUGCUCAGUGUAGAUAAUCCUAUGAUUUUCUGCUAUGGCCGGGAAACUAGUAAUGAUAGGAAACUGCUGCUAUCAAUGAAAUGUACCAUAUCCAGUAGCCUUUAACAAUCCAAACAUUUAUUGUAAGAUGCUUCGCCACAUUCGAGGACGCAAUUUAUUUUUGUAAGGUAUUUUUUAGCAAUUUUGUACUUUUUCUACAGCUCAGAUUAAGUGCUGUAUGUUUAGUAUUUCACUUGGGAAAAUACAUGUUUAAACGCUUAUGAGCACUGAACUACCAGACCGUGCAGAUCAGAUUUGUAAUAUUAUUUAAUUUUAUUUCUUUAUUUGCCUUGAUGACUGUUUUAUAACUAGAAUAUUAAAAAGGAAUAUUUUGUGUUAAUGUAGCCACCAGACUUUCUAUAGAUUUUUUUGUAUGAGCAUGUUUUCAUCUAUCUUUUUCUUGACCUACUGAUAAUUUAAAGAACACUGAACACUACUUGCAGUAGUCCUCCUCAUUGAUAUUCCCUAGAAAUCUAGUUUAUCAGUUUCCUAGCAUCAGGUACUUUAUUAAUAUUGCUUUUAAACUGUUGUGGUGGAAUCCUGUAUGAGGAAUAGUUAAAGGGGUUCUCCAGGACUUCAAUAUUCAUCUCUGGUGUUCUGACUCCUGACUCCCCCACCAAUCAGCUGUUUGAAAGGGCUGUGGUACUCAGGCAAUUGCUGCAGCCCCUUUCUCAGUUUGUCAUGUUAUGUCCCUCGCUCACUUUUUGCAGCUCCAUCCCAUUCAAGUGCCAUAGCCUGUUCAAACCAUUUUAUUGGCUGGGAGUCAGACCCCUGCUGAUUUGACUUUGACAACCUAUCCUAUACUGAUGAUAGGUCAUCGAUAUUUACAUCCUAGACAACCCCUUUAAGAACACAAAAUUGCAGCAUUUUUGUAGACAACCCUGAAGAUAUUUUCUUUCCUUUACUAUAUAUAUAUAUAUAUAUAUAUAUAUAUAUAUAUAUAUUACACACACACUCUUAGUGUGGCUUCUCAUUAAAGUAAAUUGUAACUCCCCACCCCCAAUUGGGAGAGAUUUGUCAAACUGGUGUAAAGGGAAACUGGCUUAGCUGUCCAUAGCAACCAAUCACAUUCCACCUUUCAUUUUCCAUUGCAGCUUUGAAAAUUAAAAGGUGAAGUCUGCAUGGUUGCUAUUGGCAACUAAGCCAGUUUUCCUUUAUACCAGGGUUGAUAAAUCUCCCCCAGUGUGUUAUUGUGCUCAUUAUUCCAGUGCAUUUUAGGAAGGGUUUUUACAAAUAGAUGUUUGAUAAUUUAGCUCAUAGCAUAGAAUUAACUGCUCUGUGCUUAAGAUUUUAAUCAGAUCUGACGUUAGAAAUCAAAAUCUGCAAUAUGGAUGUAUGCCAGAGAUGUUGAUUUUUGAGACUGGAUUAGGGGAAAUAAUCCUUAACCUCCUUUAGCAAGUCUUAGUUGCAGGUGCUGGGUUGGAUUUGCCAACUAGAGAAUCCAUUUAGAGAUUAGACCUAAGAGUGUUUUCCUUCAGUUGACCAAAAAAGCUUCAGAUUAACACUGUAUAGGUUAAUAUGUAAUUCACUAAACAAACUCCAGAGUACCACAUUUAGGACUGAAUUUAAGUGUGAAUGAACAUGGGACCUUCCCUCAGUGAUUUUCCAGUCAAUAGUGCCAGUGAUUAUUAUGUGACACUUUGGGAAUCAAACAUGAAAUUUUUUGGACUGUGCUUCCUAAAUUUAUUGGGGUUAUUCUAUGACUAAUGUAAAUAUGAAAAUCAGCCAUCAUAUAGUACAUGACAAUCUCUUUCUAACAAAGCUAGAACCAGCUCUGUACCUCUCAUGGAUCCAGAGAUCUCCUAAUUCAUUGCUCUGCUAGGGAGUGUCUUUCCUGGUACAGCUCAGGAGACGUGUCUAUUCUGCUGCACUUCUCCCGAUUACUGCUCAGGGGGCAGUAGAAGGAUGAAACAGAGCAUGUGCGGCCUUCUCAGUGAGCAGGUCAAAGAAGUAAUUAAUAAAAAAUACAACAGGUGGCGCUAUACAGGUACAUUGUAUUGAAUACCUCAGUGGGCUAUGCUAAAUUUUUUGUGACAUUCAAUUACAGAAGUAUUCAGAGCCAAGUGCUGGAUUGAAAAUUGUAGAAUAUUUUUCAUGGGACAACUCCUUUAUGUGGCACAUAAUGCUUCAGUUUAUAGCGAUUUCCUUUUGUAUAAGCCAUGUUGAUGGAAAUACUGUUGAGUUUAAUAGAGCUAUAAUUAAGGUCUUGUUUACUUUACUUUUAGAUAUGGAAAUUGCAUCUAGUGGUUCUCUCUGCGUCCGUUUUAUAAGUUCAGAGAACGACGGGAGUUCUAAAGAGUGAGAACUACAAGCAGCGUUCUAGCUCUCAGCUUCCUGUAGCCCUGUGUGUAUGAUUUAGAGAGGAGUGGGACAUUGGGCUUGUUGUAUACUUAUCCUAUCAAUGUAAAUGUUAUUUUGUGGACCACAACACUCGCAUUGUUCCUAGAGACUCAUUUGCAUAUAUUAAAACAUCAUUUUUCUCAGUAAUGCGGGCACAUAUGAAGAUGGGACCAACACAGAUGCCUUCAGCUGCCAAGUGCACAUGUCGCAGGUCAGCCAGUUUCAUAGGUCCAAAUCUGCUAACGGAUGCCCUUUAAUUGUGGGUAGACUAAUUUAUGUGGAAUGGACAUCUGAAUCCUUGCCUGCCCACUCCCCAGUGUACUCAUUGACGAGGGCUGCCCUUAGAGGUAGACACAAAAAAUGGAUUUAAACAACACCUAUUGCAGUCAAUGGAUGUCUCAUUGGUGGGCACCAGCAAUUAAAUCAUUUAUUAUCUAUUCCUGGAGUGGGAAAAACUGCUUCAAGGGCAAAAAAGUUAUAUGAAAAUCACAAUGUAUGAGAUCUGCCAAGCCUCUUUAGGGCUAGUCCAAAUCUAUUCAUAAAAUGUUUUCCUUUUUCUGUUUUAUCCCUUCUUUUCCGAUUAAGAAUAUAAAGACUGACUGACUUUCAUACCUUCCGCCACCCAGUUUCAACCAUUCUGUAGGUCUCAUAGACUACAGGAACUCAUUACCUUUGUACUAAAUGUGAUUUAGUUUGGUUAAGGUAUAGUUAUACCUAUGUACAUUACAUUUCACUCAUGUAUAGCACACAUAUAGGGUAAUUUUAGAACUUGCUUAGUUGCCCAUAGCAACCAAUCAGAUUCCACCUAUACAUUUUUGACAGCUCCUUUGGAAAAUGAAAGGUGGAAUCUGAUUGGUUGAUAUGGGCAGAAAAUUCAGUUCUACUUUACAACAGUUUGAUAAAUAACCCCAAUAGUCUUCACUCUGGGCCUGGCUGGUUAUUCCCUCCCCUUUAUUCUCCCAACCCCUGGGUAUUGCUGAUUUAGGGCCCAGGCCUUGUAUAAUGCAUCACCUGGAGUUUUCUCUUGUGCUGUUUCAUUUAGAAAUAAUCUGAAAAGUCCUGUCCAUGUUCUUGCCUAGAGCUUGUAAUCUUUUAUGAUUUGUCUGUUCUUUAUAUAGGGAUGUUGUAUGAGGAACAUUUACUAUUCUAUUUAUGCCACUUUUGUGGCUUAAUAAAUUUGCAGGUUUUGUUGCUCGCCAUAUUUGCGGUAAAAUCUGUGACAUUUUCCCCUUCAUACCACUUUUUAGAAGUAGCGAGGGCAGGGAGAGGGCAUCACUGUAGGUCCACCGCAUUUAUCUUUAUUCACACCAGUUUUCUGCCACUAAUAAAGACUGAAAUCUAUGGCAGUUAGGAGCCUGCAGUAGAUUUUAGAAUGUCUCACAGCCAGCGGAAACAUGCACCAAAUCUAUGAGAGGCCCUUGCCUCUAUAUAAAUUUGUCACAUCCUCCGGUGGCACAGGAGGAAUAAAGACUGGCAUGGAAGACACCAGUCUUGAUAAAUGCCCAACUGAAUUUAAAGUAUGGACCUGCCAGUGGUUCUACUUGGCCAAAUGUACAUCACCAUGGUACUCUAUGGUAAUUUGUUUGAUUAAGUAGAAUCACAAGGUGCUGCAGCCAUAAUACAAUAUGUUAAAAUGUGACCAUACAUGGUUGUGUUAAACCAGCUUGAGUAGAAGUUGGGUUCAGAGACUGGUAACACAGACUGUAAAGUUAGUCUUAUUCCAUUACAGCUUUGGCUACAAUUUAUACACAUAAUGGUAACUUAAAUAAAUAGAGGAUUAGGACCUCAGUUACUUAGUUACAACUUUGGAAACCAAUAUGGAUAGCCAACACAGAGUAUUGUAAUUGCUCAUGGCAAUGCUAUUUUCAAGGUUUAGUACUCACUCUCUCUGCCCUUCUCAUUCUCUCUCCCUCUCCUCUCUCUCUCUCUCUCUCUCUCUCUCUCUCUCUCUCUCCCCCUCUCCCCUACAUAGUCCAUCAGAUGUUGUUUUA